AUGGCUCUAUGUACCACAGCUACUCGGACCAUGGCUCUUUGUACCACAGCUACUCGGACCAUGGCUCUAUGUACCACAGCUACUCGGACCAUGGCUCUUUGUACUACAGCUACUCGCAAAACGGCUAUGCGUACCACGGUUACUCGGACCAUGGCUCUGUGUACCAUAGCUACUCGCACCACGGGUACACUUACCACGGCUACGCUUACCACGGCUACGCUUACCACGGCUACUCGGACCAUGGCUCUGUGUACCACAGCUGCUCGCACCAUGACUACGCUUACCACGGUUACUUGGACUACGGCUCUGUGUACCACAGCUACUCGCACCACGGCUACGUGUACCACGGCUACUCGGACCACGGCUCUGUGUACCACUGCUACUCGCACCAGGGCUACACGUACCACAGCUACUCGGACCACGGCACUGUGUACUACAGCUACUCGCACCACGGCUACGCGUACCACGGCUCCUUGUACCACAGCUACUCGCAACACGGCUACGUGUACCACAGUUACUCGCCCCACAGCUACGCGUAACGCAAAAAAAAAAAUACCCUACUCAAAUCCACCCUAG